GAGGUCUGAGGUGUGAAUGGUCAUUAACAUAUCUUUUGUUUCCAAGGGUGGGAGAGGUCUGAGGUGUGAAUCGGUCAUUACAAUGUGUGCCAAGCUUGGUAGGAACAUCCUGUGUUCAGUGUUUUGUCCAUCUGAGUACCUUGAAAACGCUUUGCAUGCAUUUUUCAUGAUGAAAAAAGGCUCCGGACAGCACAAACACAAACGCUUAUAAACACGAUUUGCCCGCGUUUACAAGCGUUUUGCGUUUGAAACACUCAUAAGAUCGACUGCUGAACGCAAGUU